AUGUCAGAUGAAAGAAUAGAAGAUACCGAUCAGGAAAUGUAUACUGGUGAUGAAGAGUCGUAUGGAUUAAGUGAAACCGAGUCGGUAACACCUAGCAUAAAUCCUGUAAGAAAUCAACCUCCUAGAGCAGAAAGAAGAAAUGAUAGAGAUAAUUCUGAUAUAUGGAGAAAAAUUACCGAUGCACUACAAAGCAUAGCAGAAAUUGUUCCUGCUACGACUUCAGUUCCAACUCAAAGACAGGCCCCGAUAAAGGAAUUGAGAAAGUAUGGUGCCACUGAAUUUAUGGGUCUAAAAGGAGUCGAUUUGUCUGUAGCUGAAAAUUGGAUGGAAUCGACUAAAAGAAUUUUACAACAAUUAGAUUGUACCCCCCGAGAGUGUUUGAUUUGUGUUGUAUCGUUGCUACAAGAAUAUGCUUACUUAUGGUGGGAAUCAGUGGUUCGACAUUUACCAGAGAAUCAGAUAACUUGGGAUCUAUUUCAGAAAGAGUUUCAAAAGAAAUAUAUCGGAGAAAUGUAUAUCGAAGACAAGAAACAAGAGUUUUUAAUGUUACAACAGGGUGACAUGUCAGUAAUAGAUUAUGAGAGAGAAUUCUCAAGACUCAGCAGAUGUGCCUCAGAGUUUAUUCCAACUGAAGCUGACAGUUGUAAGAGAUUUUUACGGGGUCUACGAGAUGAGAUCAAAAUUACAGUUGGUAUCUCAACGUAUUAA